AUCGGGACACAAGAAUCAAAACAUCGUGAAACAAAUCGACCCAAUUAAUGCACAUCGUCAAAGACGGCAAGAAAUCUGCCUCAAUCUGCUAAAACUAGGAUUACAGCAAAAGGGUUGCUCUCAAUUUCUUCAGAACCUUAGCCUACAACGGCUGGAUCAGACAACUGUGUCGUCCUCAAAUCGUAAAUCCGUCCAAAACAAUUUAUCGGGUCCGAGUUUUAUUUCCAUACUCGUAGAAUGCAUCGUCUGGCUUCCUUGGAUAGACACAUUGAGAACAUACAUAACUCUCCUUCCUUCAUCUGUUUGUUUUAGUGCUUCGUCUUUCUCCUCCCCCUGUUGUGCCGGUGAUUCCUGUCGAUCCAUGGGGACUGAGGGCGGCGACGACAACGACAAGGGCGGCAGACCACCAGUGAAGCAGAAGGAAAUCGACGAUUGGCUUCCGAUCACAUCUUCCAGGAACGCAAAAUGGUGGUACUCGGCAUUUCACAACGUCACUGCCAUGGUUGGCGCUGGUGUCCUGGGUCUCCCUUAUGCUAUGUCAGAGCUUGGAUGGGGUCCUGGUGUGGUAAUAUUGAUACUGUCAUGGGUCAUCACGCUUUACACCCUGUGGCAAAUGGUGGAGAUGCACGAGAUGGUCCCGGGUAAGCGGUUUGACAGGUACCAUGAGCUUGGCCAGCACGCGUUCGGCGAGAAGCUCGGCCUCUACGUGGUGGUGCCCCAACAGCUGAUCUGCGAGGUGGGCGUGGACAUUGUCUACAUGGUCACUGGAGGGAAAUCACUGGAGAAGAUUUACAACUUGGCCCAACCAAAUGGAAAACAUCUCAAGACUUCAUAUUUCAUCAUGAUCUUCGCCUCGGCUCAUUUCGUUCUCGCUCAUCUCCCGAAUUUCAACUCCAUAUCCAUGGUUUCUUUGGCAGCAGCCGUCAUGUCCUUGAGCUACUCUACCAUUGCGUGGGCAGCCUCCGUCCACAAGGGUGUCGAACAUAACGUUGACUAUAGCUCUCGAGCCUCCACCACCUCCGGAAACGUAUUCAACUUCCUAAGCGCCCUAGGCGACGUUGCGUUCGCAUAUGCUGGCCACAAUGUGGUGUUGGAGAUCCAAGCCACCAUCCCUUCGACCCCGGAGAAGCCAUCCAAGGGCCCGAUGUGGAGAGGAGUGGUGCUCGCCUACAUCAUCGUGGCGCUGUGUUACUUUCCUGUUGCACUAAUCGGGUACUUGGUGUUCGGGAAUAAGGUCGAGGACAAUAUUCUCAUUUCGCUCGAGAAGCCCGAGUGGUUGAUCAUCACGGCCAACGCAUUUGUCGUCAUCCACGUUAUUGGUAGCUACCAGCUCUUUGCAAUGCCAGUUUUCGACAUGAUAGAGACUUUCCUGGUGAAGAAACUCCAUUUCAAGCCCUCAGCAAUACUUCGGUUCGUAACGCGUAAUCUAUACGUGGCUUUCACCAUGUUUGUGGGCAUUACCUUCCCUUUCUUCGGAGGUCUCCUGGGAUUCUUUGGAGGAUUUGCUUUCGCCCCGACAACAUAUUUCCUACCAUGCAUCAUGUGGCUGGCUAUCUACAAGCCCAGAAGGUUUAGUCUCUCCUGGUUCACCAAUUGGAUAUGCAUCAUACUGGGUGUCCUCCUGAUGAUUCUGUCGCCGAUCGGAGGGCUAAGGUCAAUCAUAGUAAGCGCAAAGAACUACAAAUUCUACUCGUAGGAAGGAAAAAGCUCCACCAACUGAAGACUAGUCUUCUCAGUUCGCACAUAUCGAGUCACUCUUAUGUUCUAGUUUGUGUUUAUUUUCAAGCACACCCCGUCUGACAUAUCUUUCAACAUGACUUAUAUUGCUGCUUCGGUCCAAUCCUCGCAUGAAUUCAAUAAAUGGCUAUGCCAGGUUUAUAAUUCCUUAUCCCACUUAGCAGCGAGUAUAUCUGACUACAGACCGUCGGUCUGAGAAAUUGUCUUUACAUUGAAACGUUACCACUUGCAAUUGCAGUCACAACCUGCCAGCGUUAGAAAGUUUAACCCAACAUGACCCCCAACCCUUCUCCCCUUGGGAGCAGCACAUUCCACUCAAUCUAGUUUUGUUGGACAAGUUCCCAGAAUUUCUCUAUCGACUGGUGAACAUGAAUCACUUUUUUUGAUACAGCUGACCUUACUCGCCCCAAGGUCAGUUCUAAAGGACCGUGGGACUUCAUCAUUUCUGAACUUUGUUUGGUAUAACGUCAGAAUGGAUGCAGCAGCCGGUCCGAUCAGUUGUUUUGAUAUAUCUUCUAAUCGUAACGUUAUGCGCGCCCAAAAGACCUAAUGCAAGAUGUCAACUUAUAUACUCAAGCACAUAUCCCCAAUGUCCCUAAUUGUUUGCAUUCCCAGUCCUAGAAUCCAUAGACAGAGCCAACCUACAGCACCAUAAAGCUAGCAAUCUAGCAAUCGUAUAACUUCAACUCUAAUUCUAAUCAUGUCAGUUAAAGUUUUUAGUUCAUAUGUUGCAAGGUAUGGGGUAGCUUUAAUGAGAUCAUGACUAAUGGAUCAUUGAACAUGGGAAAGGGAUAAAGUAAUCUCUCCAGCUAGUCAGGUUGCUGUGGAAAGCAGUAUGAGCAAGCCCAAGACAUUCAACAAAUG